AGCAAAUUAAAAUGAUGACUACAAUAAGAAUGCCUAAACUUAGGUUUAGCAAUAGCUUGACAAAGAACUUUCCGAAAGAUUUCUUCCAUGGGAGACCGGAAAGAACUCAGCCAGCUAGCCCCAAGUGUAAUCAUGCUGUGAAAGAUGAAGAAAGAAUCCUGCCUAUGAAGAAUCUUAGACCUGUGAAGCUUAACUCUAAGUUGAUCCGGAUUGCAUCACCAACCAGUGCUCAAAAAUUAGGAGUCAACAGAAUGGAUAUCUCUGAAGAGGAGGAAUUUUUCGAGCCUAGGUUUCAACAAACACAGGCUAAGAAUGCUCAAAAACGUAGGAAGAACCAUCUAUCAGCCCAGAAAUAUUUUGAAUCUGACCCAACUGUCAACAUUAUAAACUCAAAGAUUAUUCAACGGCAAGUGAGGAUGAACAAAAAGGAUAGAAUGGAUAUCAAGUCUCUUUCGAUAACAAGAGAGAAGGUGGUUCAGGACCAGCAACCUAAUAGGCUGUUUAAGCCACCAAAAACAAACGCUUCAUUAUCAUUAAUGAGAAUGAAAAAUGGAUCUUCUACAAAAGAAGCAUCCAAGAUAGGCCUCUUCCUCAGACCAAAAAGUUUGAGGAAGACUAUCCGGAGGAAGAACAUACUGAACUUCUCUAGUCAAGUCAAAUCUUAUAAAGGAAUUAGAGCUCCCAAGCCGCACUUUAGUAAUGAAGACCUGCCUUAUUAUCGAACUAACAUUAAUGAGGACAAAAAGCACAGAUCUGGCCUUCUAAGCGAAAGAGAAAAGAUACGGAAUUUUUAUACCAGGAACACUAAGGACAUCCAGGAAUUUUCCCUUCCUGAGAUCGCUACUAAUAGAUCUGUACUUCCUUCUACCGCUGCCUGAAACAAGGGGGAAACUGACUGCUUUAGCUCAAAUAGCUCGGCACAGGAUGACCCUUGCGACAGUGACUUUCUCCUAAAGCUGGAGAAAAUGUGUCAGCCUAUGAACCAAACUGAAGACGUAGAUAAUAACUGCAGAGGCACUGCAUAUUUCGGGACAUAAUGAAUAUCCAUAUUCUCAUAAUACCUCUAUUAACCAAUAUUUA